GCCACUAUCCACUACAAUUCUCUUCCACCGUAGAACAUUCACCAUUUUCGUUCGAAUCUAAAAAUCUCACCUAUAAGUCUGAUAAUCAUCCUUGUAUAAAUUUUAAAAUCAUAAUUUCCUUAAACUUGUGUGAAUUACGAUCUCAAGGUUAGUUAGAACUAUUUCUCCCAAACUAAUGCCCUAGCAUUUAGGUAACUCAUCUUCUCUCUAUCUGAUUUGAUUUUCAUCCAUCUCAAGCAUGGUUUCAUUUUUUUGUUCUUUUCUUCAAUUUUUACAGAAAUUCUUUAAUUCUAAUUUUUCUCUUCAAUCUUCAGUUCUUCUGAUUCAUCUUAUAUAGUUCAUUUUUCUUUCCUUUCAUCGUGAAAUCGUGAAUUUCGAUUUCACUAUCGUCAAGCAAAUAUGGGGUUAUUUGGUAACCAGAUGCAGAGCAUCUUGUCUAUGUGUCAUUGAAGAAACAUUUAUGCAAUUGUGAUGCACUUUAGUUGCCUCUUGAACUCACCAUUGGUUCAUCGUUCCGUACACACUAGAAUCUUCUCUUCAACAUGGACACUGCCAAAGACGAGUUUCUCAAAGAGUUCGCUCUGGAGGCUCUCGUCAACAACAGAAUCAGUGGUCUUCCGGUAAUCGAUGACGACUGGAAUCUGGUUGGGGUCGUUUCAGAUUAUGUCUUGUUAGCAAUUGAUUCGAUAUCAGAUGGCCAAAGAUUCUUACUAACUUUUGACUGUAUGCCCAGAGUGUAUGGAUCACCCGUAACUGUAAGGAAUUGCAGGACCAGAUACAAUUGGUUCCUAUUGAUCUACCAGAUACAAUUGGUUCCUAUUGAUCUACAAAAUAGGCCUUCUUGGUAUAAGGAGAAAGUCUACCCACCCAACAAGGUUCCAUCUUUGGAACACAAUAAUGAAGUUAGGGGAGAGAGUCUUGAUCUGAUUAAAUAUAUUGACAUUCACUUUGAAGGGCCCUCCGUUUUCCCAAAUAAUGAUGAAGCUUCGAGCAUGGUGAGGAGAUCAUUGAAGAUAAUAAACCUUGAAGACUAUGGUGAAACAACUGCAAAUCGUGGGCAUGAUCCUUCAUGGAAGAGGUCAACUGGGGGAGGUAAUGCAGGGAGAGAAGGCUGA